CACUGCCCUGAUUGGGAUAGCAGAGAAAGCUGGGGACAUGAAAGCUACAGUGGAAGUCACAAACGGAAGAGGAGGUCCCACAGCAGUACGCAAGAGAACAGACAUUGUAAACCACAUCACCAGUUUAAAGAAUCUGAUUGUGCUCCAUGUGCAUCCCUCUUGAAGCUUCGCACUCUGUUGAAGAGGACACCAUCCCAGUCAUUAUUUAGAAGCGAGGUCCUUGAAUGAGAGAGAUUAUCGGGACCGGAGAUAUGUUGAUGAAUAUAGAAAUGACUACUGCGAAGGCUAUGUUCCUAGACAUUAUCACAGAGACGUUGAAAGCAGUUAUCGAAUCCACUGCAGUAAAUCUUCGGUCCGAAGUAGGAGAAGCAGUCCUAAAAGGAAGCGUAAUAGACACUGUUCAAGUCAACAGUCACGUUCGGUAUGAUUGAUUUUGUUUUUAUUUUGGGUGGAUGCUUAUUUGUGUGUAAAAACUCUUAAUGAGCCAGUAAGUUUGAAAAAGUUUUUAUAUAUAUAUAUAUGUAAUAUUAUUUGGAUAUAUUAUAAAUGUGUUUAUAUUACUUGAAUCCUUAAACAUCCAAAUUUUCAUAGCUAAUCUGUAUUUAUUAGGUAGCCUUCGUUUGCCCAUAUUUACUCAUUUUCUGCAAUCCAGAUCAUGAGUUUUUGAUUUUAAUAUUAAAUUUUAAUAUUAAAAAUAUUUUUAUGUUUUGUAAUAUAAUCUUAUGAAAAAUUAAAGCACCCAUCUUUUAUAGUAAACUUUUUUUUUGUUUUUGUUUUUUACUUUAAAAGAAGCCCUUUUCCUAAUGGUUGGAAACAUCUCUAGAACUUUGCACUGGUGGAUACUUAAGUGUACUCUAUAUAUAGCAUAGUCCCAGAGCACAGUGCAUCAUUGUCUGCAGCUAGUUGCACUGAAAUUCUGAAAUGGGUGCUGAAUGGAAAGUGCGUUAUCCAAAAAGUUUGUCUUUUUUUACACUCAGACAUCUUCACCUGUUUAAUCAGUAAACUUUGAAUAAAUUGUUUCCUUCCCCAAGUUUUGAUUAGAGUGAACAUGGAAAUUAACUAGCUUUUAUUUCCCCCUUUAAUUAUGUGUAUUUUAAAAUAUUGCUAAAUAGUUUCAACUAAUUUUGACAUUUUAAAACCUUCCCCCCCAACAAACUAGACAUCUCAAUUCACAGCAUAUGCUAUUUUAUAACAAGAGAUAAGUAGAUCAUGACAUUGCAUUCUUUAAAUUUCAGACUUCAAUUAAAUCAGUAUUUUAAAGAGACAAUUGUGUUGUUUUUUUUCUAUUGCCACUUUAAGUAUCUUAUCUGAAAAUCUGUUCCUUGCCAUGUUUUUCUUCUGUAACAUAAACUGUGCCCUGUGAAUUUCUGGGGACUGAAUUUGAAAUUGCUCCUGCCAACUGUUCGUGGCCUGGUGCUUAUCUGAAUGCCUGAAUAUCUCCCCGCUGAAUGAAUUGCGUAUUCUGCCCUGAAUUCACUCUGAUAUAUUGAUUGGCUGGACGAUCUUGGUGCUGCCCACUUGCCGUUCCAGAAGAGCCACCGAAGGAAAAGAUCCAGGAGUAUAGAGGAUGAUGAGGAGGGUCACCUGAUCUGUCAAAGUGGAGACGUUCUAAGAGCAAGAUGUAUAGAAUAUUUUUCAACACUUUUUUAACUUUGCAGACAGAAUAAUCUUUUUAAGAAUAGUUGUCAGCGGGGGGCUAAAGAACUCUUCAUUGCUUUUUUGUUUUGUUUUUUGUGGGUUUGUUUGUUCUUUUGUAUUUCUUCUUUUCUAUAGAAUUUAAAUAUUUCUACUCUAAAGUUCCAAAAUAAUCAGUGGAAUUUGAGCUUAGAGCAAGAAAGAUAGCUCUAUCUAAUUGUUUUUGUAGCAGCUGAAAAUAAAAUAAUUUGAGUGCUGAAACCUUAGUUAUGCUUUAAUAGACAUCAUUUGAAAGUAUUCCACACUUAAGAAUUCAUUGUUUGAAUAACUAGAUAAUUUAUACUCAAGUACUUACUCCUUUUUCUCCUCCCUUACUUUAGAUGAAAUCGUGGACACUUUGGGUGAAGGGGCCUUUGGCAAAGUUGUAGAGUGCAUUGAUCAUGGCAUGGAUGGCAUACAUGUAGCAGUGAAAAUUGUAAAAAAUGUAGGUCGAUACCGUGAAGCAGCUCGUUCAGAAAUCCAAGUAUUGGAGCAUUUAAAUAGUACCGAUCCCAAUAGCGUCUUCCGAUGUGUCCAGAUGCUGGAGUGGUUUGAUCAUCAUGGUCAUGUUUGUAUUGUGUUUGAACUGCUGGGACUUAGUACCUAUGAUUUCAUUAAAGAAAAUAGCUUUCUGCCAUUUCAAAUUGACCACAUCAGGCAGAUGGCAUAUCAGAUCUGCCAGUCAAUAAAUUUUUUGCAUCAUAAUAAAUUAACCCAUACAGAUUUGAAGCCUGAAAAUAUUUUAUUUGUGAAGUCUGACUAUGUAGUCAAAUAUAAUUCUAAAAUGAAACGUGAUGAACGCACUCUGAAAAACACAGAUAUCAAAGUUGUUGACUUUGGAAGUGCAACAUACGAUGAUGAACAUCAUAGUACUUUGGUUUCUACACGGCAUUACAGAGCUCCAGAGGUCAUUUUGGCUUUAGGUUGGUCUCAACCUUGUGAUGUUUGGAGCAUAGGGUGCAUUCUUAUUGAAUAUUACCUUGGCUUCACAGUCUUCCAGACUCAUGAUAGUAAAGAGCACCUGGCAAUGAUGGAACGAAUAUUAGGACCCAUACCAACACACAUGAUUCAGAAAACAAGAAAACGCAAGUAUUUUCACCAUAACCAGCUAGAUUGGGAUGAACAUAGUUCUGCUGGUAGAUAUGUUAGGAGACGCUGCAAACCAUUAAAGGAAUUUAUGCUUUCUCAUGACGAAGAACAUGAGAAACUGUUUGACCUGGUACGAAGAAUGUUAGAAUAUGAUCCAGUGAAAAGAAUUACCUUGGAUGAAGCCUUGCAGCAUCCUUUCUUUGACUUAUUAAAAAAGAAAUGAAAUGGAAAUCAGUGGUCUUACUAUAUACUUCUCUAGAAGAGAUUACUUAAGACUGUGUCAGUCAACUCUAAACAUUCUAAUAUUUUUGUAAACAUUAAAUUAUUUUGUACAGUUAAGUGUAAAUACUGUAUGUUUUGUAUCAAUAGCAUAAUUACCUUGUUAAGCAAGUAUGGUCUUGAUAAUGAAUGAACUAUACAAGUUAAAUUUUUUUCAUUUUGAGAUUAAUUACCAUUUUUAAAGACCUUUGGAAUAUUCUUUGUGUCCUGUGAUAAACAUGAUUGAUCUUGUCUUUUGUACAUGGAGGUCAACUCUUUGAAGUGAUUUUUUUGAGUAAAAGGAAAUCUUGACUACUUUAUUCUUAAUGAAUAUUCUUUAUAUACCUCAAAUUCAGAACUUUUCUUAACUUUAAAGUUUUUUUCUGUAAUUGUUGAACAGGUAAUAAGUAUUAUUAACUCCCAAUAGGCAGGUAUUGGAAACCAAAACCCAUAGGAAAUGUUUACUGUUGGAAUUUCAUUAAAUUUUAAGAAUUGU